UUUUGUAUAUAAAUUUCUAAGAAAAAGCUCUACGUUUUUUAUGGAACGUUUUGUUUUCUUCUCACAAAUUCUUUGGACGUUUUCAAAUUACUUGCAAUAAAAAAUUACUUUAAAAAUUUGAAUUUUGAGUUUAAACUUGAAUUUUGAGAGUCGCAGGAGUAACAAUCAUUAGGUACAUCCCGUAAUUAAUCACAACAUAAUCCGAUACGCAACAACUGAAAAAAACCUGUUUAGUUUUCCAACAGAAACAACUCAAGACAGCAUGAAAUCGUUGAUAUUAUUCAUAAUUUUUUUCCUGUAUUUUGGCCAAUGUGCCGAGGACCCAACACCAACCACGUUGGAUGACACUUCUGAAGAUACAAGAGUACUAGAGGACACAAUAGCCAAAUACGGCCCCCCUCAAGACUACAAACAACUGGGUUUUCCCGGCCCCGAAAUAGCCCUUGAUGAAGAAAAAUAUCUCCACAAGAAUCACCUAAAACUUAAGGGUUCCGGAAAUUACACUUUGAGAACGCGUACCAUAACCCCCUAUUGGAGUUACAACAGACAUUACGAAGAAGUGAAAAUCCCACAGUCUUUCUAUCAACCUCCAGAUAUUAAAAGCCAAUUUUCCAAACAUUUUGGAAGAAAAAGUGGAGGUUUUUAUAUUCGCACAAUUGGUUACAAAAUCGAUGAAAAUGGUUAUCAGCCAUUUUUAUUGGAUCUUACUAUAGCCGAAACCAGUUUAAAGAAGACUUUUAGACCUUCUUUAACAUUUUGCAGUGGUGGUAAUUAUGGACUUGGUUCUACUUUCCUCGGGCCCAGUGGCACCGCAAAUGCUUCAUCUACAAUACUCACCCCACUGACUAAAACAUAAAAUUUGUAAUUAUUGAGACAAAUAAAUGGUCAUUUAAUCCCUU